CUUAUAAAUGCCCAGUGAAGCGUGCUCUGAGUCAGACUUGUUGUAGUUUCAGAGUCGAGAACAACCGCCACGUGCAGGGCUUGUUUGAAAUGGAAAGCAUUGGUUUAUUGAGCAUUGCGCUGCUGAUUGUCGGGCUCUCGGCCUAUCCUCAGUCUGGUAACGAGCUGGGCAACCCCUGGCUGGCAACGCCGCAGCCCCAGCCGGAAAAUGGUGGCAGCACAACAACUGCCAGGCCAACGCCCACUACCCAGUCGCCGGAGUACCUGUCCUGCCUGCAAUCGUGUCCGGCGACCAGCGAGUACAAUCCCAUCUGUGGCAGCGACAACGUGAACUACUACAAUGGCGGCAAAUUCGACUGCGCCGUUAGAUGUGGGCAGAAUAUUCGACGGAUACAUUUGGGAGCUUGUCGGAAUACAUAGUGUAACCCCCCUAACCCCCACUGAUGCCUGUCCUGAUAUAACGAGAAUGAAUGCUUCUGGGCGAAGCCCACAAAAUCUCAGCUUGUAGCUGAUCUAGCAGUGUCGUAAGCUAAUAAAACACACAAAAAAUCUCGCGCUUGUAUCUCUGGCCGACCCCGA